CACUUGGGUGCUAAAUGUGAAAUUCUGAGUUUGUGCAAAACGUGCAAAGAAGAAAUAGGUGUGUCAUCAUGUUUAUAGAGAUGAGGUUGGUGUGGUUGUGGGUAAUGUUGGUUUUGGUUAGCGAGUGUUAUGGGUGUUUGGAGAAAGAGAGGAUUGCUCUUCUGCAAAUAAAAGCUUCCAUCCACAAUCCGAAUCGCAAUACCGUAGAAACAUGGGAGGAGGCUUGGAAGGGUGAAGCAACUACUGACUGUUGCGGAUGGGAAGGAGUCAAGUGCAACACCAAAACAGGGCGAGUGAUCCAACUCUCACUCAUUGUUGAACAUAUUAUUUAUUGGAGAUUAGAAGAUCGUUGUCUGAAUGUCUCCAUGUUUCUACCAUUUGAAGAACUUGAAAGUCUGGAUUUGUCAAACAACGGAUUACAGGGUUGCCUUGAGAAUAAUGAAGGUUUUGAGAAGCUGGCAAGGCUGAGCAACCUGCAAUUGCUUGAUUUGACUGGCAAUAGCUUCAAUAACAGUAUCCUUUCAACUUUGGGCGGGUUAACUUCUCUUAAGUCUUUAUAUCUAGGUGCUAACAACUUGGAGGGAACUAUCAACAUUGAUGCUCUCAAACAUUUGAAUAACUUGGAGGAGCUGGAUUUUAGUUCUAAUAGGCUCGAUGGUUUUACAACGCAUUCAGAUUUUGAAAGAUUAUCUGUCUUAAGCAAGCUGAAGGUACUUACAUUGGCCGGCAAUUUAUUCAGUCAUAGCAUCAUAUCAUCUCUCAAUGCGUUCCCAUCACUCAAGACUUUGGACCUAAGCAAUAAUGCUAUAAAUGGAUCAAUUAUGGAAGAAUUUCGCAAUAUGAGCAACUUAGAGGAGCUGGAUUUGGGUAGCACUUCGUUAGACGAUAUAAAAGGUUUGGAAAGAUUAUCUUUGUUAAGCAAUCUGAAGGUACUUAAAUUGGACAACAAUAUUUUAAGUAAUAGCAUCCUAUCAUCUCUUAGUGCACUCUCAUCACUCAAGACUUUACACCUAUCGAACAGCUAUUUGCAUGGAUCAAUUGAUAUAGGAGGUUUGAAGAGAUUGGACAAGCUGAAGAUUCUUUCCUUGAGUUAUAACAAUUUUAAUGCAAGCAUUCUACAGUCGCUACCAUGGUCCCUAGAGACGUUGGACCUCCGACGGACAAACUUGCAAGGAUUGGUUAUGAGUAAUGGGUUGGAUGGAUUGAAACACUUACAGGACUUGUACUUGGAUUAUACAUCCAUUAACCAAAGCUUUCUUGAUAAUAUUGGAGUAAUGUCUUCCCUAAGGGUGUUGACAUUACGGGGAAUUGGGCUUAAUGGAAGCCUACCUAACAAAGGUUGGUGUGAACUUUCUAACCUCCAAGAGUUAGAUCUCAGUGAUAAUGGUUUUAAGGGAAUGCUUCCCUCAUGUUUUGGAGACUUAACAUCAAUCCGAUUAUUGGACCUCUCCUCAAAUCAGUUCACCGGAAAUCUUGCCCUGUCUCCACUUACUAAUCUCACAACACUUGAAUACCUAUUCCUUUCAUAUAAUCAUUUCAAGAUCCCACCCUCAUUCAUCUCAUUUUUUAACCAUUCAAAGCUUAAGGUAUUUUUGGGUGACAACAAUAGAUUGAGUGACCAAACUGAGUCUCAAACAUGGAUUCCUAGGUUCCAACUGCAGGUUUUCAGUUUACCAAAUUGUGGAUCAAACAAGCUUGGUAUGAAACUUCCACAUUUUCUCUUUUACCAAUAUGACUUGAGAGUAAUUGAUCUAUCACAUAGAAUCUUGGUGGGAAAGUUCCCAGUUUGGUUGUUAGAAAACAAUACGCGAUUAGAAUCUAUUAUUCUAAGAAAUGGCUACUUCACAGGGCCUUUUCUUUUGCCAUCUUAUCCCAAUCCCUAUGCUUCUAUAAUUGAUAUUUCUGACAAUCAUCUUGAGGGUCCAAUUCCAACAAAUAUAGGUUUGUUUUUUCCCAAUUUGUUCAGUUUAAACAUGUCUACAAAUCGAUUUGAGGGUUAUAUUCCUACUUCUUUAGGUGACAUGCACUCCUUGUUGGAAUUAGACUUGUCUAACAAUAUUUUGUCAGGGCAGAUACCUGAGCAUUUGGUAAUUGGUUGUUCCUUAUUGAGCUUCUUGCAACUAUCAAACAAUAAUUUGUAUGACCAAAUAUCCCCUUUUUUUGUGAAUUCAACUUGGUUGGAAUACUUAUAUUUGGACAAUAACCAUUUUGUGGGCAAAAUUCCAAAUAUCAUGUCUCUUCCUCCUUCUUUAGUGGUAUUUGGUAUCAGCAACAACCACUUAUCUGGAGAGCUUCCAAAAUGGAUGGGGAACAUGACCAAAUUGAAUGGAAUUAAUAUGUUCUCAAAUCAUUUUGAAGGUCCUAUUCCUAUAGAGUUAUGCAAACUUGGUCAACUUGAGUUCUUAGACCUUUCGGAGAACAACCUGUCAGGUUAUAUACCAUCUUGCUUCAACAGCUCAAGUAUGAUGAUACAUGUCCACUUGAAUCAAAAUAAGCUAAGAGGUCCGAUGACAUUUUCAUUUUUCAACAGCUCUUCUUUGGUGACUUUAGAUGUUAGUGAUAACAAUCUAAGUGGUACCAUUCCUAGUUGGAUUGGAACCCUUUCUAUGUUGAGCAUUCUUGUCUUAAAAUUUAACAAUUUUGAAGGUGAAAUUCCAGUUCAGUUAUGCCAGUUGAAACAAUUAACCAUAUUGGAUCUUUCUCAAAAUAACCUCUCUGGUCCCGUCCCUCAUUGCUUGAUUGACAUAUCUUUUGAGACAACCUAUACAAAAUCUUCUGUAAUGACGAAUGGUUGGCGGCACAAAUUAGCAUUUCCGGUGUGGGACUUUGUGAAUGGGUCAAAGUCACUGGGAGAAGAUGAUACAUUGCAUUAUGCUAAUGAUCGCUUCCGAUCUUUGAAUAUCCAUCAACAAGUGGGGUUCACAACGAAGUAUGGAUUCUAUUCAUAUAAAGGCAAACUUCUUGAUUACAUGUCAGGAGUUGAUCUCUCUUGCAACCACUUAACAGGGCAAAUCCCAAUUGAAGUUGGAAAGUUAAACAACAUCCAUGCACUAAACUUGUCCCAUAACAAUCUAACUGGAUCAAUCCCAACAACAUUCUCACAUUUGAGGCAGAUAGAAAGCUUGGAUCUCUCUUACAACAAUUUGAAUGGAAGAAUCCCUCAACUGAUUGAAUUAAACAAUUUGGAAGUCUUCAGUGUGGCACACAACAACUUAUCAGGUCCAACCCCAGAUCAGAAAGCUCAAUUUGCGACUUUUGAAGAAAGCAGCUAUGAGGGAAAUCCCCUUCUUUGUGGACUUCCCUUAAAAACCAAUUGCACUAAAAUUUUGCCAACAUUAACAACGUCAAAAGUCCUGCAUAGAGAGGAAUAUGGUGGUUUCAUAGAUAUGGAGGUUUUCUAUGUCAGCUUUCUUGUCUCUUAUAUUAUUGUGUUGAUGGGAAUUGUUGCAGUCUUGUUCAUAAAUCCUCAUUGGCGACGGGCUUGGUUUCACCUCAUUGAAGUUUGCAUGACCUCUUGGUACUAUUUUGUUUUGGACAAUUUCACGAAGCUUUGGAGCAGUAGAAAUGUGUAAACUUUUUAUUUUUGAUGUAAGUUUUGUAUUCGAAUCUAAGGAAAUAAAUGGUGAUUGAAAUUUCCAAUAGGUUUAUGUUAGCAAGAUAUAUCAAUGUCUUUUCACAAAAUCUUUCCCUCAUCC